AUGGAGUCGAUCCUCGCUGCCCACGAAACACUAUCAAGCAAGGCCAACCUCUCCAAAGCUCUCCAAGACGUUGACGCCCUCAUAUCACUCUUGCAAAACGCCCGGGACAACAUAGAGUCGGAUCCCGAUACGACGCCUCUGCACAUUGCAAAGCUCAAAACUCCACUCAAGCAGUCCUUCGACAAAAUCGAUGAUGAUUUGAAGGAAGUGAACAAAGGUCUCAAUCAAUACCAGAAAGCGCUCAAGGACAAGUUCAAGGCUAGCGCUUUACCAACGGCUAGCAUCGGCUCCAAUGCUAGUGAUGGAGCGGCCACGGGUCUGGACAGCCAGAGGAGCCUGGUGGAAAGGGCGAUUGCCAUGCAUCUGCUACGAGAGGGCAAGUUCGACGUCGCUAGUACUUUCGUCAAGGAGGUUAGUGCGCAGGCAGCAGGACAAGACGAUCCUCCUCGAUGGCUAGAGGACUUUGCGGACCAGGAGGGCGGUGAAGACGAGAACAUGGACGAGGAUGAAGAUGGAGAGCUAGAUGAGGAGUUGUAUGGCGAGCUUGGGAGAGGACAUCUGCAGAGGAAGUUUGCUGAGAUGUAUCAUAUACUGGACGCUCUACGGAAUCAGCACAACCUCACACUUGCUAUUGAGUGGGCACGAAACCAUAGCGCAGAACUGGAGGAUCGAGGCAGCAAUCUCGAGUAUGAGUUGAGUAGGCUGAAGUUCGUGGAGCUCUACACAUCUAGUCCCGACGAUGCCAAUACUGCUCUGCUCAAUGCCCUGGACUACGCUCGUGCGACAUUCCCGACCUUCAACUCACGCUAUGCACGGGAGACGGCUGCUCUCGUCACGACACUGGCCUAUUCGACACAACUGGCAGACUCACCAUACUCGCCGCUAUUCAACAACCCUUCAUUAUGGACAUCUACCAGCCAACUAUUUACGCGCGAGUUUACAUCCCUCCUCAACCUGCCAUCCACAUCACCCCUCCGCACAGCUAUUACAGCCGGUGGCCUCGCCCUCCCAAUCCUUCAAAAGGUCGAACGAAUCAUGUCCACCUCCCGCGGUCAAUGGACCAGCGUAAACGAGUUACCAGUUGAAACACCACUGCCCGCCAACUUCAUGUUCCACAGCAUCUUCGUGUGUCCGGUCAGUAAGGAGCAAGGCACGGAUCUGAACCCGCCCAUGAUGUUACCGUGUGGACACGUGAUUGCAAAGGAGAGUUUGGAGGGGACGAGUCGUGGGAAGAGUCGAGUGAAAUGUCCUUACUGCCCUAUUGAGAGUAAGCCUGGAGAGGCGAGGAGGGUGUACAUCUGA